UCCCUUGCGUCGUCACGAGCUCAUGGAGUCACGGGCGCGAAGCUGCGGAGGAACGAGACUGCGGCGCGGCACGUCCGCACGUGCUCUCCGGAGUCCGGUCGAGCCGGUGGCGACCGGCGCGCGGGGCCUGGGUGCAAGCGCGCAGCGGCGCGGGCGCAUGGCCGUGCGGCCAAGGGGCUGACCUGAUCGGCUGGCCGGCGGCGCCCUGCAGCUGCAGGGCGGCAGGCUGCAGCGGCCAGCGGCGCGUGCGUGCCGGUGCCGCGUGCAGGCAGGCGUGCUGCGUGCAGCCUGUGCAGGCAGCCAGGCAGCAGGCAGGUCCAGCAUGGUGACGAUGGGCGAGGCUGCAGGUUGCACAGAAAAGCGGCCGGGAUCCCUUUGAAGAAAUUCAGAAAAGAAUUGCAAGAUGUCGAAGAGAACACUGCUCACCUAUUUUUCAAGCAGUAGCAGUAGUACUCCUCUAGAGACUAAUGAUAACACACCAAAAAUACCCAGAGUAGAGUUUCGUUGCUCCGAUAUCAUUAGUGAUCCUGGAAUGCGCAAACCAAUUGAUGAGUACCCAUCUAAGAUUAGAGAUCAAGUAAAGAGGGCAUAUAUUUUGAGUGGUCCAACUCAACAAGCUCUUGGUUUUACAUAUCCUCGUAAAUGGCAAAGUGGUGAAUGGAGAUCUUUUCAGCAGCAUUGGUUUGGGAAAUAUGAUUGGUUGGAGUAUAGUGAAUCAAAGGAUGCAGCAUUUUGCUUUUAUUUUUAUCUCUUCUUUGAGCUGGGAAAGCCUGAAAAAUUUGGGAGUAAUGUCUUUUUGCAAAGGUUGGUUACGAGCAAUAUAAAAAGGCUUUGGAAAAAUUUGAUAAACAUGCUGCUUCUCAAUCUCAUUGCAAUUCAAGGCUGAAAUGUGAUGACUUUAUGAAUCAAAGGACAAGUGUGGCUCGAAAAAUUGAAAAGUACACUAAGGAGGAAGAAAGGUGAUAUAAGAUUCGCUUAACAUCUUCUAUGGAUGUUGCAAGAUUUCUCAUAAUGCAAGGUGAUGCUUGAUUGAUACAAAGGCAAGGUUGAAACUGUGAAGGAUGCAUAUGAUAAUGGAUCUAAAAAUUGUCAAAUGUUAUUGCCAGAUAUACAGAAGGAUAUUACAAAAGCUUGUGCAGAGCAAGUCACGGCUGUGAUUCUGGAUGAGAUUCGUGUAGGAAAUUCUCAGUGCUUAUUGAUGAGUCUCGAGAUAUAUCUAUAAAGAAGCAAAUGGCUAUGAUUCUAAGGUUUGUGAAUGAUGAAGGAAAGGUGAUGGAAAGGUUUCUUGGACUUAACCACAUUGAGAAAUGUACAUCAGUUGCUUUGAAAGAAGCUUUGGUCUGCAUGAUUUCUAGCCACAAAUUAAGCAUCUCUAAGCUUCGUGGGCAGAGUUAUGAUGGUGCUUCCAAUAUGAGAAGGGAAUUUAAAGAUAAUUUGUCACGUGCUUUGCAAAGAAAGGAUCAAGAUAAGGUUGAAGCAAUGCAUUUGAUCAAUGGUGUGAAAGAACGCUUGCAGGAUACAAGAGACAAUGGAUGGGAGCCAUUAUUCAAAAGAGUGAAGUCAUUCUGUGAUAAAAAUGAGAUUAAAGUGCCAAAUAUGGAUGAGGAAGUGAAUGCUAGAGGGACAUAUGCACGUCGAAGGCAAAAGGUUGCUCCUAGUGAAGAAGAAGAAUAAUGGACAUGGCAUUAUCUUUUGGGUUCAUAGUUUGGUAUGGACAAAAAAACCAAAUUUAUCUUUUUGUUAAUUGUUUCUUCUCGUGAUUUACUUCUUUAUGUUUCCAUGAAACUAUUUUAGACCAGUAUAUGUUGAUCUGGUAUGUUAAGGUUUGUAGGAAAAAAAAUGUACUUUAAAGCUUCAG